CCGAGGAAGCAGAUAUAUGCAGAGUCUGUCGGUCUGAAGGAACUCCUGAGAAACCCCUCUAUCAUCCAUGUGUGUGUACUGGCAGUAUUAAAUUUAUCCAUCAGGAAUGCUUAGUUCAGUGGCUUAAACACAGCAGAAAAGAAUACUGUGAAUUAUGUAAACACAGAUUUGCUUUCACACCAAUUUAUUCCCCAGAUAUGCCUUCACGGCUUCCAAUCCAAGACAUCUUUGCUGGACUGGUUACAAGUAUUGGCACAGCAAUACGAUACUGGUUUCAUUAUACACUUGUGGCCUUUGCAUGGUUGGGAGUAGUACCUCUUACUGCAUGUCGUAUCUACAAGUGCUUGUUUACUGGCUCUGUGAGCUCACUACUGACACUGCCAUUAGAUAUUCUGUCAACGGAGAACUUACUGGCUGACUGUUUGCAGGGUUGUUUUGUGGUAACAUGCACUCUGUGUGCAUUUAUCAGCCUUGUUUGGUUACGUGAACAGAUUGUCCAUGGAGGAGCUCCACAGUGGUUGGAACAAAAUCAGCAACAGCCACUCAAUGGUGUUGGUCAACAAAAUGAGGCUCAGGCUGUUGUAAAUGGAGGCGUUGAAAACGCUGUGCUUGAUCAACCUGCAAACCUAGCUGCUGAGAAUGUAGUUGUAGGCGAGAACCCUGAAAUUCAAGAAGAACAAGUAGAUGAAGAAGAGGAUGAUAAUGAAGAUGAAGAAGAUGCUGUAGUAGAAGAUGCAGCAGAUGCAAACAAUGGAGCACAAGAUGACAUGAACUGGAAUGCUUUGGAAUGGGAUCGAGCAGCAGAAGAGCUUACUUGGGAGCGAAUGCUUGGACUUGAUGGAUCUCUGGUUUUUUUAGAACAUGUCUUUUGGGUGGUAUCUUUAAAUACGUUGUUCAUACUUGUGUUUGAAGAGAGAAAAUCAUCAGGUUUUUCAUUUGAGGCAUUUUGUCCGUACCAUAUUGGUCACUUCUCCAUUGUUGGCUUGGGCUUUGAGGAAUAUGUUCAAGCUUCUCACUUUGAAGGCCUGAUUACAACUAUAGUUGGAUAUGUUCUGCUAGCGGUGACUCUUAUUGUUUGUCAUGGUUUGGCAGCACUUGUUAAGUUCCAGCGAUCACGUCGUUUAUUAGGAGUUUGCUAUAUUGUUGUCAAGGUUUCCUUGUUAGUGGUGGUUGAAAUUGGUGUGUUUCCUCUCAUCUGUGGCUGGUGGCUGGAUAUAUGCUCUUUGGAGAUGUUUGAUGCCACUCUGAAAGAUAGAGAAUUGAGCUUUCAGUCUGCCCCAGGUACCACAAUGUUUCUGCACUGGUUAGUUGGAAUGGUUUACGUCUUUUAUUUUGCAUCCUUCAUUCUUUUACUGAGAGAGGUAUUGAGACCUGGUGUCUUAUGGUUUCUCAGGAAUUUGAAUGAUCCAGACUUCAACCCUGUGCAGGAAAUGAUUCACUUGCCCAUUUAUAGACAUCUCAGGAGGUUUAUCUUAUCAGUGAUUGUCUUUGGAUCAAUUGUACUACUCAUGCUCUGGCUUCCUAUACGCAUCAUUAAGUAUCUGCUACCUAAUUUUCUCCCAUAUAAUGUUAUGCUCUACAGUGAUGCUCCAGUAAGUGAACUUUCCCUAGAGCUCCUAUUGCUUCAGGUGGUGCUUCCAGCUUUACUAGAACAAGGACAUACAAGACAGUGGUUGAAAGGUCUUGUACGAGCGUGGACCGUUACUGCUGGAUACUUGCUGGAUCUCCAUUCUUACCUACUUGGUGACCAGGAAGAGAAUGAAAACAAUGCAAACCAGCAGCCUAACAACCAGCAUGCUCGCAAUAAUAAUGCCAUUCCAGUUGUGGGAGAAGGUCUUCAUGCAGCCCACCAAGCCAUACUUCAACAAGGAGGACCUGUGGGUUUUCAGCCUUAUCGUAGGCCUUUAAAAUUCCCGCUCAGGAUAUUUCUUUUGAUUGUUUUCAUGUGCAUAACAUUACUGAUUGCUAGUCUUAUCUGCCUUACCUUACCAGUGUUUGUGUUUUCAGUAUUUGUUGGCCGAUGGUUAAUGUCAUUUUGGACGGGGACUGCCAAAAUCCAUGAACUGUACACAGCUGCUUGUGGUCUUUAUGUCUGUUGGCUAUCUAUCCGAGCAGUGACAGUGCUGGUCGCCUGGAUGCCACAGGGUCGUAGAGUGAUUUUUCAGAAGGUUAAAGAAUGGUCUCUCAUGAUAAUGAAGACAUUAAUAGUGGCUAUACUGCUAGCUGGUGUGGUUCCACUUCUGCUUGGUCUUCUGUUUGAACUGGUCAUCGUUGCACCUUUGAGAGUUCCUUUGGAUCAAACACCUCUGUUCUAUCCUUGGCAGGACUGGGCUCUUGGAGUUCUGCAUGCCAAAAUAAUUGCUGCUGUAACACUGAUGGGUCCCCAGUGGUGGCUGAAAACUGUUAUUGAACAGGUAUAUGCAAAUGGGAUUCGUAACAUUGAUUUACACUUCAUAAUCCGUAAACUGGCAGCACCCGUAAUCUCCGUUCUGUUACUUUCACUGUGUGUACCAUACAUCAUAGCUUCUGGUGUUGUACCUUUAUUAGGAGUUACUGCUGAAAUGCAAAACCUAGUACAGCGACGGAUUUAUCCUUUUCUGCUUAUGGUAGUGGUUUUGAUGGGAAUUCUGUCCUUCCAAGUCCGCCAGUUCAAGCGCCUUUAUGAACAUAUUAAAAAUGACAAGUACCUUGUUGGUCAGCGACUUGUGAACUACGAACGAAAGUCUGGUAAACAAGGCACAUCAACAACUCCACCUCAGUCUUCACAAGAAUAGAUGGUCAUAUUAAACAUCGUGACCUUCCCUUUGCCUUUAUGUGUCCUUUUUUCAUAGACUCUUCUUCAGUCUUUGGAUAUCUCUCCCAAUAAUACUCUCAGCAGUGUUUUGGCUUCUGCUAGUAGCAUCCAGAUAGCAUUUAAGGCUCUGAUCCUUAUCUGCAUUUUCUGAUGUUAUCAAUGCUGUCUGAGGUCUGUAUAUGUGUAAAUAGAAGUAUCCUCACACCCUAAAACCUUGGAUUAAAAAGAAUGUGCAUUGUACAUCUUUAAAAAAGUAUAUUAAUUUAUUAAAUCUAGUUGUCACUUUAUUUUGGACUGCUGUUCUGUUGACAAUGUGCCACAAAGCAAUAGUGCGAAGAAGCAAAAUGUUUUUAUAAAAUUUGGAGCUUACUUUAUGGUGUUCAUAACAAUUCUUAUUGUAGUAAUAUAGUAUGAUUUUUCAUGAGUGGAAAGGUCACACAGAGAAUAUCAAAAGUAAAUAAUUGUCUUACAGUCAGCAGUGAAGUGGCUGUAGUGAGAACAUAAUGAACUAUGUAUCUUGCUGUCAAGUCUUUUUUAUUAUUUUGUAUAACACCAAAGCUGUUGUACAUUUUUCUAUUGCCUGAUUGUUUUUCAUGUGUCUGAGUUUGUAAUAUUGUACAGUUGCUGUUAAGUCAAGAAAAUAUUUCCUCUUCUGAGAAUUCAGAUGUAAUUGUUGAGGCUCAGCUGGGUUUUUCUUUAGGGUGGGGGUGGGAGGGGAGGAAGGGGAACAGGCAGAGGUUAGCUUUGGGAAUCAGGAUUUCCUGAAUUGAAACAGUAAGUAAAAAAUUUAUGGAUGCUAGAUGAUGGAAGCAUUUAAAGGUACCAAGGAAAAUUAGAUAGGUUCACAACUUAAAUUGUAGCCAAUUUCUUAUCAAUAAUAGAAUUUUUAAGGCCUUCAGGAAGAGGGAAGAACCUUAUCUGAUGUGUGUGCACAGAAACAAAGUGUGUAGUGUAAGCGAUGUUCUGACCUGGUCCUUAAUUAAAGAGCUUGAAAAGUGGGUUUUUUCCCUGUAAGUUACCAAAGUUGCAUAUUGUAGUAUGAAUUUUAUAUUGCACAAUUACUUAAAAAAGGACCCCCAACAACAAAAAAAACCUCUUUCAGAAUCGGUUGUUGAAUUUUGGGGGGAAUAAUAUUGAAGGAAGUGAUUCAUCACGUACCAUUUAUUGCCUGUGGGGCAGGGAAAUAUAUAUGCUGUUAAACAGAAAAUGAAGAGUUAGCAGAUUUCUUUGCAAGGACACAGUCAAAUGAGCCACCAAGUCAAGUCUGUGUUACUUCCAUAUGUAGAUAGAGUUCUUUUGCAGUAAUGUUUGGGGGUUUUUAUGUAGAUAUUUUAAAAUACAUAACAGUAUUGCAAAGCUUUAAGUAGCAUCAAAUCAUAUGUUUAGAUUGCAGUAUCUUUCUUAGAUUAAAUGGGGGAAAUGUGAAUAUCCAUCGCAGUAACCAGAGAAUUGAUGGAACAUUUAACUUGCUACUCGGUACACUGUCCUUCAGUAUUCUGUACUUAACCAUAUGUGUAUAUAAUUAACACUUGAGAAUCUGGCAGGGGCUUUGAGAGUGUCAUCUCCUUUUAUUGAUGUUGCAUCUCUAAUCUGACAUGAUUUGAGUUAAUGUGGUCCAGGCUGUGGUGGUGGUAUUUCACUUUUUGGUGUCUGGACUCAUGUUCUAAGGCGGUGAGCACAAGCUAAAUGCAUCUGAAUCUAGUGGCAGAAGGAUUGGGCUGUCACUGUCAGAAGGUCAGAAACUACUAUUUUACAGAAUUUCUGUUGUCCUGAUGGUUUUGAACCACAAAUAGUACCCUUUGGAGUGAUUUAUUAGGAAAUUUCCAGUGAAAUCAUAGAAAAAUAACCAAAAUAUUUCUCUCAUUCACUGUUGCUGACUAAAUACUAAAGUGAGUAUUCGCCCCAUAUAUUUUUGAUGUGCAUAAAUAAUUGCAUUUGACUGUUUACAGUGGUGUACAUUGUGGGACAGAUAUUUUUUCACGAUAUUAAAUUCACUGGUAACAUACAUUAUUACUUAUGACAAGAUUCUGUCUUUGACAUAUAUUUCGUAAACAGUUCCAAAAUGGCCUUUGCCACUCAAAUAUUGCAAGCACUACUGUGCAUCAUGCAGAAUUUGCAGUAGUAUGGUUCUUGUAGCCUUGUGUUUUUAUCCAGACAAACUGGUCUUAACAUUAAAUUUUAUUAAGAAAAAGCCUUUGUGCUGUUUCUUAUUGCUAGUUUACAAGUCAUGACAGAAAAAAAUUGAAUCAGGGCAGUCAUGUAAUGUGAACUGUAGCUAUUUUAAUGUAGCUUACAUUAUCUGUUUCAUUCUUUGUUAUGGAGAACUGGUUUCAAAUCAAACUGUUGUGUUUGCUUUUGCACUGCUUUAUAGAUCCCAGGUGAAGUUUGUUUCUGAAACUGCCCAUUGUGAAUUUUUAGAAAAAUCUCAUCUCCUUAUCUUCUUAUUUUUACAUGUGUUUUGGGAAAGAAAAUGGGGGUUGUAUAGAACAAGAAUCAAAUAACACUACUUUUUUAUUGUUUUAAAUUUUAAUAGUUUGCCUUGUUGUGCUGUGUGUACUCCUCUGGGAUAGAAACUUGAUAGUAAGCAUGUAAGUUAACUGCCUGUUACUAAGACAGCUGACGAGCUCUGUACCAGUGGCUCCCAUCUGUGCUAGAACAAUACAGCAUGCAGUGGUCUUGUAUUACUCUUCAAGUGGGAAAGAUUCUGUGUGGGUGCUUUCAGCACAAUUUGUGUUGACCUUGGGUUUCGAAUGGAGGGGUAGGAGAUGCGUAUUGGCUUCACUGUAUCCCCUUUGUGGUGUUGAAUCUAAUGCUGUCGUUAAUUCUGCAGGCCUUCAUCCAACAACUGUCAGAUGGCUCUGUAGCUAUCUCUUGCAUGCUGAAAGAAGUUAAUUGCAGCAUGGCUUUGACUGUUUUUACACAGAUUAUUUUAUAUGGAUUAAAAAUAGUUAAAACUCUGCA